CCGCUUCAUCCCUCACCACGCCACUUAAAUUCAUCUUGCUCUGUGCAUCACACUCCUCGACACUUCUCUCGGUUUACUGCCGCUGUACUCAUCCGAAGUCGAGGAGCUCGAAGAACUCCAGAUAGAUCCCAAAAAAGCGCGGGAGAUCCUUGCCCUAUAGCCCUUCUCGCGAAACAAUGGACCAACUCAUGCUAGAGGACGUUCGGCUAUGCACCAACAUUUGUUCCAACUGCAACGCUUGUGUAUUCGCGCGUACCUAUACUGUCCCCGCGCGCCUUACAUCGUCACCACACAUCCCAUCACCACAGCAAGUCAGCGCUCUCAGUCAGCACCUCUGGAACGACGACGUCUCUCUCGCCAAUCACACUGCCGCCAUCAGGCGCACGCAUCAGAUGCUUGACCACCUCUAUUUUAACCGCUUGGUCUUGUUGAAGAGUGUCGAAAGCAAACGCGCGAUGCUCGCCCCAAUCCGCCGCCUUCCGCCAGAAAUCCUCACCAUGAUCAUUGCAUUCGCCAUUGCCGACUCGUUCGCUCAGUAUCCCGACAGCACCGUCAUUGCGCAGCACCCUGCUCUGCGAGUGUGCCGUCGCUGGCGAGAGCUUGGGCUUGCGGCGCCGCAAAUCUGGAAGAAGAUCGUGCUAUAUCCCCUGCACCUCCGGACCUGGCGGGAGACGCUCCUCAGCUGCGUGCAGCGCUCGAAGGACCUUCCUCUGGAUAUCCGCCUCGUCCGAUGCAACGCCGAAAUACCUUCCACGCUUGAGCGAGCGUGGAAGGACAGGGCGUCGAACAUCGAUCCUGGAUCGCUUGACGCGGUCGGGGAUGCUCUGCUCGCUUGUGCGCCUCGGUGGCGGUGUUUGCAGCUGGGCAACGUCCCUCUGCCGACUAGAUUAUGUCUUGGGGAAGAGCCUCCGCCUUUGUUGCAGCUCACGUCUCUUGUUCUGGGCGAGUCGCGCUAUGGACUUGCGCAUGGAUUGACCAGCAGAGACACGGGCCGAUCCUUGCCUGAGAACUUCUUCCUCAACUGUCCUGCGCUGAAGUAUGUGCGCAUCGGGGGACCCAAACACAACGGUCUCCACCUGCCUUGGUCACAGCUAGUCAGCCUUCACCUUGACGGAUGUCCACUCACCUACGAUAAGAGCGCUUGUCUGGACACCUUAAGGCAAUGCCUUUCACUUUGCUCUUUGGCCCUCGGCGCGACCACGGACUUCGAGCCUGCUCCAACAGACGCUCCUGUCGUACUCCUGAAGUUGCAAAAUCUUACUUUGCUAGGCUCUGCGAUCGAAGCUCUUCACCUGUUCAACGGCCCCGAGCUGCAAGCGAUAUCCCUUGUAAUCGACCCAUAUGAAUGGCCAAUCGAGGAGGAAGAACUGGAAUCCGCGCCUCACUAUGAAGCUCUGAUGCGAUUCGCCUCUUCGGCGCCAGCGACAUCUGCGCGCAUCACCCGGCUCAGUUUCGAGGUCUAUGCAUAUACUGCGCGGGACCUCAGCUUGAGUAAGCUGGCUCGCGCUUAUCCCAAUAUAUCUCAUCUGCGAUUGGACGACCAAGCAGGAACCACCGCUACUCGCACCCUCGCGAGCUUGGUCAAUACUAAACCCGAUGCCUGGCCCAUGCUGACCUCCCUAGAGCUUCCGGGGCUAUCCACUCGAGAGCUCGCAAACAAAGCGCUGAUUGCAGAAUUCCUGUACGGGCGUGUUCAGUGCCCGUCCGUGAAAGGUGUCAAGCUCGAGGAGAUCGAGGUGGAUAUCUGUUAUCCGAAUAAAGACAAGUUCUUCAUGGAGAAUGUGAGGCGCUCGGGAGUGAAGCUGUUUGCACGGCUUCCGAAGGAUAUGCAGCGUGCAUCUGCUUUUGGGAUGAUCCCUGAAGAGGAGUCGUUCAUAAUGGACAUUGAGCACACCGUGUUGGAGGAGGAGGAGAUACAACAUGCACAAGAAGACGUGUUCUACGCGAGCAACCCAUCCGAGGGCGGUUGA